AUGCGAUUCAACCUUUACGCCUGUGUCCUAGGACUGGCCUUCUUCCAGCAAGCUACGGCCCUCGAUGUCAUUGAUGAUACCGAAUACUCCAUGCCUGAAUAUGAGCUGAUCAAGCAACUGAGAGUCUGUCAAACCGUUCCACAAGAACUGCGGCGGACGUACUUCGAUAAGCCCAUAGAUCUCCCAACUGCAAGAGGCCUCAUCUGUGAUAUCAGCGAGCUUAUCAAGCAGCUGGAAGAUGAAGAGAAGGAAAACCUCGAAGGAGGUCUUGAGAACCUUGACGAUUUCGGCUUUGGCUGUAGUCUCUGGAACGACAAGGGCUGCGGCCGCCGCGUGUAA